AUGGCCAGAGAGAUCAUAACGAAGAUGCUCAAACUCGCAGCUCUUCUUUUGACAGUAUCUCUUCUGUCAAGUCGAUAUGCAGUGAAUGGAAGAACAAUAUCCAUCGAUGUAGAGGUGGGGAAAGAGCUUGAAGCAAUAAGAAAGCACAGCUUACAAACUAUUAAUACAGAGUAUGGAGACAUAUAUGAUUGUGUGGAGAUAAGCAAACAACCUUCUCUUCACCAUCCCUUGCUUAAGGAUCACGAAGUCAAGGGAGUUGCAGCUCACAUAAACCUAUACAAUCCUGCUGUUCAAGAAUACCAACAAAGUGCAGCUUAUGUUACGGUUCAAAAUGGAAAUUCUGAUCGAGUGGGUAUUAUUCAAGCUGGAUGGAUGGUUUAUCCGCAUAUGAACCUUGAUUACCAGACAAGAUUAUUCACCCAGUGGGAUCAAAUAUAUCCUAAUGGAAGCAGGGAUCACUCUUACGGUACAAUGUAUCCAGGAUUCGUGGUUGUCAAUAAAGACAUUCCUGUAGAUGCACCUUUCCCCAUAGUCUCCACCGUCAACGGAACCCAAUUUUUUGAGUGGUUUAUGCUAACUAUGGUUAGAGGCUACACUCCUCAAGAGGAAUUACUUACCCAGUCACCAUCUACCCAAGGAAAGCAUAAGUCUAUCAAGCACAAGGAUCCGCUAAGUGGAGAUUGGUGGUGGUCAAUUGGGGAUGAUAACGUUCGAAUAGGUUACUGGCCAAAAGAAUUGUUCGUCGGAUUACAAGAAGGUGCCUCCAUUGGCAUAUUUGGUGGUUUGGCCGAGACAGACUAUGACGCCCUUGCUCCUCCUAUGGGAAGUGGCGUUUUUGAAGAUGGUAACUAUGAAACAACUUGCCAUAUGAAAGGAGUUCAAGUCAAUAUAGGAAAUUGUUUUGUAUCUCCUUAUGAUGAUUCUGUGUAUGUUCGACAAGUAAGGUGUUACAAAGCUGAUAAACAAGAUGUAAAUGGAGACUACCCAGUCCUAUUUGGAGGACCAGGUGGUUCUCCUGCUUCCUGUGUAUGA